AUGGUUCGGCAUAUUUUCUCUUGGCUCUGGGCCAUUCCUGCCCUGGCUCAAGUUCAAGUUCAGAGCAUUCACCCUCAAGGCCACGAUGAGAUCACCUAUAGCUUCAAUGUCCCCGAUGAUACUGCUAAGUCGGGCUCGGGCCCCAUAUACUUCCAGAUGAAUUCUACUCGCCAAGUAGAGUGGUUUGCCUUGGGCCAAGGAAUGCAAAUGGCAGGUGCCAAUAUGUUUGUCGUGUACACGUCUGGCAACAAUAUCACCGUUUCUCCGCGGUCGGGUGCCGGGGAAAUUGAACCGUUGUAUAACAGGGACGCCCAAAUCACAAUUCUGAAUGGCAGUGGUGUGCAUGACGGGGUCAUCACUGCCAAUGUCCGAUGCGAUACCUGCCUAAAAUGGAAUGGGGGAACAGCAAACGUGAACAGCUCCUCAAGUCCAUGGAUUUGGUCCAUCAAAUACGGAGAGUCCCUGAAUUCGGUCAGUUUGUCCGAAGGUAUUAGCCAACAUGACGAUCACGGUGCCAUGACCAUCGACCUGAAAAAAGCGACGGGCGGUAACUCAGUGAAUCCCUUCGCCCAAAUGGCCCGAGUGCCCAUCUCCUCUAGUGAGGAAGAUCCGGGACUUGUGGCCUUCCGAAGAACAGUCAGGAGGAAAAAGACGGCUCAUGCCGUGCUCAUGAUUUUGGCUUUUGUGGUCAUGUUCCCUUUCUUCGCGCUCGGACUUCAUAUUUUCCCAUCGAAAUGGACGGUGAACAUUCAUGGAACGUUUCAACUCCUCACUUUGGCCGUGGUAAUUGCAGGCUUUGGAAUUGGUAUUUCUAUGGCACGGCAGAUUGAAUUGAUUGAUUCUUACCAUACCAUCCUGGGGAUGAUUGUUGUACCAUGCCUUGUUCUUUUCCAGCCUGCUAUGGGGGUGUUGCAGCACCGAUUCUUCCGGAAGACAGGUGGGAAAGGACCCUUUGCUUAUAUGCACCGCUGGUUUGGACGAUUGAUGAUGAUUUUGGGUAUCAUCAAUGUUGGGCUUGGGUUCAAGCUUGCGAACGCACCGCGUGGGGCGGUGAUUGCAACUAGUGUUGUUGCUGGUAUUACUGCAAUAGUUUACAUUGCGAUUGUUAGUUGGAUUGGAAGACCAAGGACACGCAAUUUGUAA